UAAAAUCGAGGAGAGCCAAAUACCCUCAAAGAAUCUAAUGUGCAGCCAAACACCGCCUAAAAAUUCCUGAAACCCUCGACGACCAGAGCCACAAACUCGCGACGGGAUCUCCCUGGAGAAGUUAUCGUCUGGUGUCUGGUGCUGCGACGUGUGAAGAAGGAGAUAUCGUGAAGAAGGGCAGGAGUCCAUAUUUUGUUGGAAUUCUCAGUGCAACCUAAAGGGCCGCUAGGGUUACAGAAGAUAACGGAAAAAUGUCGGGCCAGGGGCAGAGGCUGACCGUGGUGCCGACGGUGACGAUGUUGGGCGUGAUGAAGGCGCGGCUGGUCGGUGCGACCCGCGGCCACGCUCUCCUGAAGAAGAAGAGCGACGCCCUCACGGUUCAAUUCCGCCAGAUCCUUAAGAAAAUAGUCUCCACAAAGGAGUCCAUGGGGGACAUCAUGCGAUCUUCCUCCUUCGCACUCACGGAGGCCAAGUACGCUGCCGGUGAAAACAUUAAACACGUAGUCUUGGAGUCCGUUCGCUCUGCGUCAGUCAAGGUUCGUUCUCGGCAGGAGAACGUUGCAGGUGUGAAGCUCCCUAAGUUUGAACACUUCACUGACUCUGCUGCUGACUCCAAGUCUUCUACUGACCUCACUGGCCUUGCUCGUGGUGGACAGCAGGUCCAGGCCUGCCGUGCCGCACACAUCAAGGCAAUUGAGGUUCUUGUUGAGCUUGCCUCUCUUCAGACCUCCUUUCUCACACUUGAUGAGGCCAUCAAGACUACCAACCGAAGGGUCAAUGCGCUUGAGAAUGUGGUCAAGCCCCGAAUUGAGAAUACAAUCAGCUAUAUAAAGGGGGAACUUGACGAGCUAGAGAGAGAGGAUUUCUUCAGGCUGAAGAAGAUCCAGGGAUAUAAGAAGAGGGAGAUAGAAAGGCAAACGCAGUCAGCUAAGCAGUUUGCAGAAGAGAAGCGUGUGGAAGAGAUUUCUCUGCAGAAGGGGAUAUCUUUCCAUUCUGCACAUAAUAUGCUUGUUGCUGGGGCAGAGAAAGAUGAGGACAUCAUUUUUUAAUGGAUACCUGAUGUUUACUUGUUAGGUCAGCUGUGUUUAACUCCUCUCUAUUUGUUGAAAACGUUUUUAUGAUAUUUGAAUAA